CCCGUCGCCUCUCCGCCCGGCGGUACAGGAUCCGCGCCGCCGCCGCCUCUCCGCCCCCUGGCGUAAGGCAGGCCUAGUGGAGAACAAUGGACCAAUUGAGCUCCGCCGCUGCGACGGCUCCUCAUCCGAGAGCGAAGGCCACCCUGGUUCUCGGAGCAGAGUCCUUCGCGGUCAGCUCCGAGUCUGUGACACUGUCGGAGCAGCUGGCGGCGAUGAGGGAGAAGAGCAUGGUCAUCCUCAAGGACUACAUCACCAGGCACAACGCCUCGAACGACGUCCCCGAUGAGUCCGUCGAGGGCUUGUCUGACGACUAGGGCGAGGCGCUCGCUAAAAACCCGCCGAAGAAAUCUAAGAAGCAGAAGUGAUGGUCCCAUUUGAUUUUUCGCAUUUUUUCCUUAUUCCCCUUGCUGAAUGUUCCUUCUGACACACAUUAUUAGGCACCGUCUGCUUUGUGUAAAAAAUUGCUAUCUGAUGAUAUGCGUGGGGGAAGUCUGCCCCUUGCUGUAUGACUCAAAUUUUAGAUGUCUCGCUUUGAGGAGAAUAUAUGAGAUUCAGCACAAGAGCUAUUUGCUGUCAAA